UUGCAACCUAUGUCAAAGUAGAGCUUCCUGACUGGCCAUACACUGCAGCGAUGAGGGACCCACUGUCUUCAGACUUCCAAACCAUCUCUCUUUAUCUGGAGACACCUACACUCAACAUGUUCUCCAACUUCAAUGGUUUUCAAUACACAUAUGCUGUAGACUACCAGCCCCUGAAUUCCAGCAGUGGAAGUGGUACUCUGGCUGUUUGUAGGUUUGACUUGGCUCAUUACACUGACUACGACGUCCUUAAGUCUACCAUGGAGAAUGCUGGUUUUAUAGCCACAUACGAAGGCCCGACCUGGAACCAGAACAUCACCUGGGCAUCUGUAGCAUCUGGCUUUGGAGAUCCAAGCCUUUCUCUGGACGGCGACCUUUCAACUUACUGGUACCCAGAAGGCCCUGCUUCAGGAGACACCUAUAUGGUGUUUGACCUUCAGGCUGUGUACACACUGUCUGCGUUCAGGGUCGUCGCUACCGGAAACGACACCAACGAUCCAAUCAGCUUCAAUCUGCAGGUCUCAGCCUCACCGUGGCCGUACAACUGGCAGGAUGUUCGGAGCUUCACAGCGAUACAAGGCACAGACCGUCAGCAGAUUUUUGCUGGUUUCAUUGCGACGUCCCAGUACUGGCGCCUGUACAUCACAGAGACUGGAGGAGGUGGCAAACCAGCCAUUUCUGACAUCCAGUUCUUUGGACAACAAGCUGUUACAAGUCGGUACACAUCCCUGGAGCUGCCUCUCCCAGCUGGGUACUGGCCACAGGUGUUCAGCAGAGACUCUUACCAGGCAGUCAGGGUAGCUCAGGAGGUGGAGAAUGGGGUGGUUGAACUCAUGAGGAAUGAUGGCCUGUUUGUGCAUGUGAUCCAGGCUCUUUGGAUCAGGCCUGGAGUUAAUUCCCUGAUAGUUCAGCUGAGACUGAUGAUAACGUAUUCAGCCAUGCCGGCCGUGCGGGACAGCCUCACUGCAGCCGUCACAGAGGGGGAACUACCAGGACCUGCCGUCUACCCACAAUUCAGUGGCUUCAGCAUUGCAGCUCCUGUAUCCCCUGCUCCUGUGGACCUUGCCUUUGUAAUUGAUGGUUCCAGCACUAUGGGACAGGACGGCUUCAGCCAGACAAAACUCCUACUGACCAGGAUAGUUCAGGAGUUGAACAUAGGAACAACAGGGACCAGGGUCACAGUGGUGCAGUAUGGGAACCAGGGAUGGCAGGAGUUUGGAUUGGACUCAUAUACCAGCUCAAGAACACUACAACAGGCUAUCAGUAACAUAGAGUUCCUGAAUGGAGGCAGUAACCUGGCAGAUGGUCUGAAUGUGCUGUACAAGUUUGGUUUCAUCAGGAGGAAUGGAGGAAGGCCAGGCAUUCCGAAGACUGCACUAGUGAUAGCAGGGGAGGGUGCUGCCAAUGACACAGCAGGUGCUGUACGAGCUGCUGCCCAACUUCACCUCUCAGGACUGACUGUCAUGGCCAUAGGUGUCGGCCCUGGAACAGCAGGCCUCUCUCUGCAGAUCUCCUCAGACCCACAGUUUGCCUACUCCGUACAAUCUGCCAGUGAACUGUUCCUCUUCAGGAAUGUCUUGGAAGGCGUUCUCUGGCAAGCUGGAGUCAAUGAGAGGCUGUAUGGAAGCUUCAAACCCAGACCUGGAAUUCCAUUCAACAAUCUGACUGCCACAGCAUAUCUUCACCCUGAAAGUGCAGAGUAUGCCAGUGUGUUGGAAAAAGAAGCUGUGGUUCAUGCAAAACUCCUGCCUCUUGCUGCUGGAAACUUGGUUGUCCACACCAUCGGCUUUGGUGCAAAGCUGGGAGAGUUACGCAUCAACUUCCAGGUGGACCUCUCUGCUUCUGUGAACAUCACAGCUGUCCAGUAUGCUCUGAGUGAUUUAAGUGGCUUGGAACUGGUAGGAUUUCAGUACCCCUUCUGGCUGACCAACACAAGUGGCUGGACCAUCUCUGCAUCACACAACAUCAACGACACUCUCCUGACUGUGGAUCAGGACCCAGCAACCGUCUGGAGUCCUGGAGAUGAUACCGUCAAUGAGACCUGGCACCUGACGUAUGAUCUGCAAAAUGUCCACACUUUAACAAGACUGGAACUUGUGUCAUCUGGUGGUGGAACAAGAGUCAAGAUUUUCAAGUUACAGGUUUCUCGAGGAGUUGCCCCGGGAGGCCUGUGGCGCUGGAGGGACGUGAAGACGUUUGCAGCCAGGCAGGGGGUGGAUGCAGUACAGUUCAGUGGCUUCAGAGCUAGGGGGCGCUAUUGGCGCAUACUGAUCAUGAGCACAUAUGGUGGACUCUCCCCUGUCAUUGGUGAAGUGAACUUUUUUGGACAAACAGCUGUGGACACAGCUUACCUGACAGUGGAGACCAUGGACACAUUCAUGCCUUCCAUGAACAAUGUGGGUUCUGAAGAGUUUGUCAACUUCAAGCUGAUCCCAGAAUGGGCUGCAACCUUUGUAGCAGAGGACAUAGCAAGAGUUUACAGUAUGGUGGUCUAUGAUGUACGUAACAGCUAUGGCAACACAGCAAUACUGAUGCAAAUAUUGGCAGACACAACAGCCAUACCAGCCCUUCAGGCAUCUAUGGAGGAAUUCUAUCAUUUCAACGACACCUUCAACAUCGCCAUUUUCAACCCAGCGGUUUUCACAAUGUUCCCAGGAUUUCAGAUCACUCCAGAUGUGCCUGUGUUCUCACGGCCAAUGGACAUGACAAUACUUCUGGAUGGUGCAACCGACACCACACAGGCCAACUUUGAGGCUUCCAAGACCUUGGUGAAGAAAGUGGCUGGUAGUCUGGACAUCCCAAAUGUUGCAUGGCUCAGUGUUUACCAGUAUGGCUCCACGGUUUGGCAAGAGCUGGGGUACAGAUUCUUCAGGAGCUAUCGAGAGGUAGGGGAGGCCAUGGACAUGCUACAGCAGAGGAGUGGAGACAGAAACCUGGGAGCAGCUCUGCAGAGUGUUUACCAGACUGCCUUUAACGACCCACAGCGGGCUCACAUUCAGAAGGUGGCAAUGGUGGUGACAUCAGGACCAUCUGAUGAUAACGCCGCCUAUGCAUUAACUGCAAUGAGAAGUGCUGGCAUCAUUGUGUACGGGCUGGGCAUUGGCUAUCAGUUUGGGAAUGUUGGAUUCCGUCACUUCUCCAUCAGUAACCCAGGCAGGCUGUACCACCUAGGGAACAUGUUACCUGAGUUGGUCAACAAUGUUGGAAGCACCACCCAUGUCACCUUCAGUCUCAGCGGUGAUUACACCUCCCAUUUAAGGGACCCCGGCUCUGUCUCUUACUCUGGAGUUGUUCAGUCCUUACAUGCUGGGGUAGGACCUCUUCUUCAAUCUAUCACUGGAUUGCAGACCUCCACACUUUCAGAUAUCCAACCCUGGACGUCAGGUUCAGUGUUAGCAGUGUUCGAUCUAACAGUGGCAGACUCCUACGAAGUCAACCUUGAGGACUCCUUGAGCACCGGCGGCGGCGGUGGUGGAAGUGGACAGCAAGGCAAUUUCACAGUGGCGUCUUACCCGGACUACAGAGGAACAGAAUUCAUCGUUGGAUUUCCAGAAAACAUUGAUGCCAACACUGCGAAUCCUCAGCUGUUCGUGGUUGGCAUGGCAACAUCAGCUAAUGUCACCAUUCAGUCCAGGAGUGGUGUUUUUUCCCAGAGAGUUGUUGUAGAGGCAGGCACAGUACAGGCUGUUGCUAUUCCAAAGAGGUUUGAGAUCCAAGGAUAUGCCCUGGACGCGUUUGGGUUAAAGGUCACAUCAGAUGAAGAGAUUGCCCUGUACGGACUUUACUCAGAAACAUCAGCUGCUGAUGGCUUUAUUGCUUAUCCUCUCGAUACCAUCGGAACAGAAUACUAUGCCAUCUGCCUGCCUCCAUCAGCCUCAGAACCUUCCAUGAUCACACUCAUUGGGGCAGCUGAUGGUACAUCAGUGGCUGUGACUGUCACUGCCUCUGCAACAUUUACAGGCAUCAUGUAUAGACCAGGGGAGAUAAUCAGGUUCUUCUUGAAUAGCCAACAGACGGCACAGAUCCAAAGUGAUGGUGACCUAACUGGCUCCUACAUCACGGGCACGUCACCUCUCGUGGUGUACAGCGGCAAUAAGUUCACACGGAUUGACGGUGCAGCAGACGAUGGAGGUUACCUGAUUCAGCAGCUUCCCUCUGUGGAAACCUGGGGGAGGAAAUUUGUGACAGUUCCCAUCGCCGGACGCACAGUCGGGGACAUCUAUCGCUUUGUAGCCGCUAACGACACAACAGUCACCAUCGAUGGCCAGGAUAUUUACCUCAAUAGAGGGCAAUUUUAUGACUACAUUCCAACUACAGAAACAUUCCAGUACAUCACUUCCACUGCUCCGGUCAUGGCAGUGUUGUUUGGGGAUCCAGGCCAUAAUGGAUUUGCAGACUCAGGACCAUUUAUGAUGGUCGUUACACCUUUGGAGCAGACCACAUCAGAUUAUACCUUCACUGCGGCAGCUUUCAACACCACAGCCCCAGCUACGUACAUGGCCAGCAUUGUUGUGAAGGAGAGUGGGAGGUCACAGAUGUAUGUGGAUGGCAACAACAUUGGCAACUUGCCAGGUUGGCAGGUUGUUCAGGGCGGGGAAUGGGCAGCUGUGUCAUUUGAGAUCACUCCAGGUCCCCACCGUGUCCGCCACCUCGCCCCGAAUGUCAACUUUGCCGUGUACGUCACUGGCUUCACUGACACCGAGUCAUAUGGCUACCCUGCUGGAUUGCUGUUGGCUGACCUAACAACUUGCACAAAUACUACAGCAGUAAUUAAUGAUGGUGUGGAUAACGACUGUGAUGGGCAGACAGGGGAGGAAAUCCCAAAUGGUCUGGAUGAUGACCAGGAUGGGAUGGUUGAUGAGGACACCUCAGUACAGCUGUGUUCCCCCAACCCUUGUGAGAACGGAGGAGUGUGUAUGGAGUCAGCCGACCGACGGUUCCCGGAAUGUGAUUGCAGACCAGGAUUUGUAGGGACAUUCUGCCAUGUUCAACUUGUUGUGAUCGUGAGGUGA